AUGAUAUCAAAGACAAUAACAAAGACAUCAACAACAGCAAUAAUAACAGAUAUUAACGACAACAAUAAAGACAACAACAACAACAACAACAACAACAACAACAACAACAACAACAAUAAAGAUAUCAACAACAUGAACAAAAAAACAACAAAUAUCAAUGAUAACAACAAAGACAACAACAACAACAACGACAACAACAACAAGAACAACAACAGCAAUAACAACAACAACAAAUAUAUUAACGACAACAACAAAGAACAACAAUAA